AUGAAGGUUUUCUCAGAUAACGGCUGCCACAGGCAAAUUCUUAGCUUACAAGUGCUGUGUUCAAACCUUGAGAAGGGUUGCGAGUGGACUGGACCACUUAGCGAGAUAGAGCGACACCAAGAUAUCUGUAGUUACGUUGAGGUAUCAUGUCCGAAACGCUGCGGAGCAUCAUUAGAAAGGAGACGAGUAACAGAUCAUUCACUUGAAUGUGUCAACAGGCUGACACCCUGCACUCACUGCGGUCAUCAAGUUGUCUUCAAUCACAUGAGUUUACACCUUCAAACUUGUGCUUCGUUUCCAGUAUCCUGCCCUGCUAACUGCGGUGUAAUCAAUCUCACAAAGGAAAAGCUGGCUGUUCACAUCAACAUUGAGUGUCCCUUGCUUGAAGUUCCCUGCAAGUUUGUAGAAGCGGGGUGUGCGUAUAAGGCACCAAGGUAUAAAAUGAAAGAUCAUUUAUCUAAUAGCACGGAGUCCCAUCUUACGUCGCUAUGUGAAUUAGUGUACGCUCAAAAGAAGCAGCUUGAAAAUCAAAAGGAAAGGAUCCAGCUGCAAAAAGAACACAUUCAACUUCAAAAAGAAACGCUGCUUCUGCAAAAACAGGAGCUUAUAGACGUGCGAAGUCGAACAGCAAAUGGAGAGUUCAUCUGGAGAAUCCCAGAUUUUACCCGGAAGUUAAUGGAUGCUAAAUCUGGGCGCGCACCGGAACCGAUGAUCAGCGAACCUUUCUACACCCACCCUCACGGGUAUAAAAUGUGUGCGGGGCUGUGGCUUAAUGGCGUGGGUACAGGGAGGGGCAGAUACAUAUCUGUUGGACUUCAGGUUCAAGUUGGUGAAUACGACUCCAUUCACAAAUGGCCAAUAUAUCCGAGAUACACAUUCACUCUGCUAGAUCAACGAGACGAACACAAGGACAGAAAAGACAUCUCGGCACACUUCGAGCCUCAGAGUAUUUCACGACCAUGUGCCGACAGACAGCUCGGUAAAGGAGCACGAAGAUUCGUUCUCCAAGAGGACAUAUGUGCCAGUGCCUACUGCAAGGAUAACACAGUUUUUCUGAAGUUCAACGUGACUCUAAAACAGCCCCCUUCUAGCUUCUUCAGAGUGUGAGAAUUGUCGGUCGGAAUCAAUCUCUAUUGCAAGACCAAGGGUGCGUUCAGGCUUUGGGGUGAUCUGGAUCAGGAUCAGCGAUUUAAGAUCUGUCUGGAUCAUGGUGCAUCAAGGGAACCGAU